GUAACAAACGACACCUAAUGUCCUUAAGUCCUAACCUUCCCCUGCUUUGUUGACGAUAACGUGUGCUCAUUUCCCAUCUUCUCUGUCUGAGAGACAUCAGAUAUGGCUAUAUCUUCCCUUAUUCCCAGCCCACCUCAAUCCAUUGGAUACCCAGCUGCUUUGUUACACCCACAUAUUAAUGGGACUCCAUGUGACUAUGGAAACUUCCUAAUACCCAUGAGAAGAAAAAAUAUCCAAAGCUGUCGAGACACAAAAUUCAGAGCAUGUUCUUAUCUGGACGGCUCAAUGUCUGCACCUAUUGAAUUGGUGCAGUCAAAUGGAAACGUCCCGAUUAGUCCUCUCAAUUCAGAAGAGGUUGUUAAAGUACUGACAAGCAGCGCAAUUGAGACCUCAGAUGCUUCAUUGCCGCUGAUGCAAAGAUUGGUACUGUUAGAUUUAGACCCUGCCACAGCAAAAUUAACAAUCAGCUUUCUUGGCCCCUUCCUAUCAGCAUUUUCGUUUCUGUUCAUUUUGAGAAUAGUCAUGUCCUGGUAUCCUAAGCUUCCAGUUGGAGAAUUCCCGUAUGUCAUAGCUUAUGCACCCACAGAGCCCAUUCUUGGCGCAACACGAAAAUUGAUUCCUCCUCUCGCUGGAGUCGACGUAACUCCUGUCGUUUGGUUUGGACUAGUCAGUUUCAUCAAUGAGAUUUUACUAGGCCCUCAAGGGCUGCUUGUCCUCCUAUCUCAAAAACAGGUUUAGCUCUUGUUGCAAUUUGCAAAAGUUUCUUUUCUCCUAUAGAAUUUUCCAUCACCAGUUCUUUACUGGAGAAAGGGAGUGAUAUAGAGAAAUCCUUCUGUCUUGCAGUUGUACAAUUGCAUGUAUGAUCUUGCAUCUAGUAGUUUUAAAAUCCAGUUGAAAGUUAAUAGGAUCCUCAUUUUGUACAAUCUGAGCCGGUGCAACUACUUGUAUCUUAUGGUUCAUCCAAACAAUUAUUUACAUUCUCCUGAGCUCAUAGAACAUUUUCUUCUAAAAGAUCCUGUCUCUGUGAAUGUCUUGUAUCUUA